CGCAGAGAGAAAAACGAGAGAGAAUGAUUAAUGAAUAGAACAUUAGAACAUGACCGAUGUGUCCGAUCAGGGUCAUGAAGAGUAGUGACGGGUAGAAUCCGUCACACAAUCCAUUACUGUCAACAUAAUCACGGAAGGGAGAGAAAGAGAGAAAUUUGUCUGUAUGGAAUCCGACAAAAUUCAGCAGUGGAUCAUUGGACCAGUCCAUGGGAGAAGUUGUUCCACUUUAUGGGGAAAUGCUUCACCCCACAUAAAGUCACACAUGCCAAGGAGAAAUGGAACGAAAGAAUAAAAAAAAUAUAUAUAUAUACAUAUAAUCUAUUAUAUGAUACUGUAUAUACACUCAAAUAUAGAGAGAAAUGGUUUUUCUUUCACCGGGAAAUGGUUCUUCUUCCAAAGCGAAAUGCUUAGACCGUAUAUCUUUGUCCACAAAGUAAUUGAUCUCCUGGAAGAAGUAUCAUGGUAGCACUAUUUUCUAGUACCAGUUCCCUGUUUCAAUUCAAGUAAAUAAAUUUUGUUUAGUUGUUAAUUUUCAGUUGGAUAAUCGAGAGGGACAUUAUUUAUCGCAUCUACCUUCGAAUGAUAACGAAUAAUUACCACUGUUCAUUGACUCUGUCUAACUUAACAUGCAACUUUUCCGUAAUCAUUUUCAACUCAAACAGAAACAAUACGAUUGAAUUUCCAAUUAGUCGAACAUUCUCUGCAUAAUUAUUUUUAAAUAUUCUGAUGAAAUUCUGUUUUCCAGAUCGAAUACUUUGGUGCACCCUAUGAAUCCAACCAAAGACUUCGCAGCAAUCUCAAAGCGAGCUGCAUGCUACAACUAAAAAAUCCAUUUCUGAUAGAAACAUCCCUUAAGAUGAGACUAUUUUUGUGGAAAAAAGCGUUUCCUUCUGACUUUAUGUGGUUUAAGCAUUUCUGCUUGUAGUGGAACAGUUUCUCUUUGAGAGGGGGAAAUGGUUCAGCCCUCACAAAAUUGACGACUAACACUUUUCAGCUAUGCUUUUGCUUUCUAUUCGAGUUUAGUUCAUCACAAUACUCUAGUAUUUGUUUCAUAUAAUCAAGAAAAAAUUUAUGUAUUGAAUGUACAUCGUUUUGUUCUUAUUCUUCUUCUGUUACGCCUGUUUGUUCAUUAUCGCCAUCUAUUUUGUACAGAUUCUCUCUUUUCAUCACUCUUGCUUUAUUGAGACUCAUCUUCUAUUAAAUUAUCAGAUAAAUCUAUUUGAUAGAGUGCGUAGAUUCAUCAUAAAAAUUCGAACGAUGAGACCGACAAGAAUGUGUCAAUAAAAUCUUAUGCUUAUAUCUUUGGACAAAUGUCGACCUAUGUUAGAGCACAUUGCCAAUUUCUAAACAAAUCAAAUGUCUUUCUGUUGUUGGAAAGAGCAACGUUUGAACUACAAAUUUUUCCGCGAAUUAUUUUUCUGAAACAAAUCUACAAAGCAGAAGAAGUCAAAAAUCAAAUACCUCUAAAAAUGUUCUUGCAACUUUUUUACAACUUGGAAAGUUUCUCGUUCUCAACUAUCUUGGCCUAUAAGAAUCCAAUUCAAACAAAAAUACACCAAUAUGUAGUACAUUAAAAGUUCUAUUGAUGUCAAGUUUGGUCGAUUUUUUUAAGAUCUAUUCUUGGCUCUUUAAUUUAAAAAAAAUGAGAUUGAAAUUUUUGUAAAAUACAGUCUUCUCCAAGAACAGUCAGUUUGGAAAGAGAUCAACCAAAAUCUCCAGAAAUUAUGCAUGAGCUGAACUUUUUGUGUGUUAUUUGUUUGAAAUACCUAUGAUCCUAGAAACUUAGCAGAAAAAAGAAUUCAAAGAAUCUAUUUUAUUCUUGUGAAACAGUCCAGUAUUAAGAAAGAUCAAAUUAUAGUGUCAUCUAGAAACAGCUACAUUUUUCUAAAAAAACAAGACUAAAUUUAACUUCCAUUAUGCCAUUGGAAAGAGCACUCUUUAUGCCAAAAAAACCAUCAUUAAACGUGCGUUUUCAUUUUGCUUCUGAUAUAACAAAAUAAACACAAAAAAUAGAAAAUGUCCAAGUCGAACAAUAAGUCCGUAUACGGUCGUUUACAGUGCCGUAUUACUGCGUCAAGUAUUUCAAGAAAAUACGGACAAUAAAUGGCCGUAAACUAAUCAUCUUUUCACCGUUUGCUGACGAAAAAUGAACCGUAACUGUAUCCCAUUUUGAUCGAACUGGGUGAUAUUGCGCGAAGAUGAAGCUGCAAGAACUUUUUUAGAGCUGUUUAGUUUUUCGUCUUCUCUUGCUUUGUAGAUUCACUCCAUAGAAAUAAGCCCGGCACAGAAUUUUGUUGUUCAGACUUUUUUUUUUCUAACCAAAAAAAAAUCGAAUGAUUUAGAAGUUAGUAAUAUAGUCUAAUAGAGUUUGAUAUUUAUCCAAACAAAUGCGUCAAAUGUUAGUUUCAAAGAUAUAUUAGAUGGAUCAUUGAAUGUGUUUAUCUACUUUAGGACAGCAUAACUAUGAUAGAUCUGCUUUGACAAUUUAUUCCAAAAUGAUUAAAAAAAUGCCAUAAAAUUAUUCUAUACAUCAAGUUUUCUCUCCGAAAUACACAUAACACAUAAAAGAAACCGUCAAAACUAAUUUUCUCUUUUCUCUCCUUCCAUAAUAUGCCACGCUAGUUACCGCUAAAAACAUAUAAUUUGAUAUUCACAGUUUUGGCACAAUCAUGAAUUUAAAAUUAAUAUACAAAACAAAUCACAAUUAAAGUUAAUUGUAUAGAGACUAAUCCAGAACUAUUUAAAUGACAAAAGAUAUGUUUUUCACAAGUGAAAAGAAAUCUCUUUUUUUACUAUAUGAGCAUGAUUAUAUCACGAGAACUAAGGACCAUAGGCAUGAAUUCUUUUAGGAUUUCCCUAAUUCCACUGAGGUGUAUAUAUGACUAAAAUAUCAGCACGAAAGUUCAGAAUCAAUUGCAGUAAUUUACUCAUCAGUAUUAAUCAUAAAAUAAACUCGACCGAUUCGGAAGCCAUCACAAAAAUUACAAAACAAAUAUCAAGUAUUAGUAAUAGUCUCAACCAUUGGUGUUCAUCAAUCUAAACUAAAUAGAAUUUUUUCCACUGCACGAUUCAACAUAUAUUCGAAAAGAGUACAACAACAAAAAACAAAGUGAAGAUGAAACAGUGAUUCAUGCACUCCCACGAAAGCAAAUAAUCGAUGUUAUCAACGCUCAUUACAUUGAUAUUGUUCAUUGUAGAAGUAUCGAUAAACUUUCCGCUAGGAAGAAACAAACAGAUGUUCACUCUUUUCAUUCUCUUAAUGAUACUUAUUUUUGUGAAUCACCAUCUUAUAUAUUCAUAAUGAUAGACAACUAUCGAAACGUUGCCUAAAAAAAACAUCACAGUUAUGCUAUAAUGAAACUAUAUAUUUACAAAUCAAAUAAAAUUUCACGAAACUAUCAAAAAAACCAACUUAUAUUUAAUGACUCGAAAAUCCGAAAGUACCAUACAAUAUACUAUUCUUAGCAUAAAAUUUCUAGCGAAGAAAAUAAAGCUAAAACAACAUAUGAUUUGUACAAAAGAAAAUGAAUAGUGUAUCAAAUCGUAAGCAUUUUUUUUACACAGGAUAACCUUCUAGUUAAGUUCGUAUUGAUUUCAGCUCGUCACAAGAGAACAGGAGAAUUCUCGGCAAAAUAUUCAUGGCUAUCAGCAUUCAUAAUUCCUUGUGACGGAUCACUCAAUGCCAGACUUCAUAUAACUAUGCAUUAUUACCAACACAUUGCUCAUCUGCUUUUGGAAAAGCUGGUAUUUUCCCGUAUGAUCCUCGUGUAAUCAAACGUGAUAAAAUAAAAAAAACAUCUUCAAGUUCAACAGCACCAAAUGGUUUACCUCGUUCAAAAUCUGUCGAAUUUGAUUACAAUGUUAUUGAUACAACAACGACAACGCCACCAUCAACAUUAUGCUCGAAUCGAAACCGUCAAUUGGUUAAGCAUCCAUCCGAUCCAGUUCUUUUUUCUGGUUAUGCUGAGGCAAAUACAGAUAACUCACAAACAUCAUCAAACUCGUACGAAAAUGUUAUCACUUCUCUUGAUAAUGCUCUUAGAGCAACUGAUUCAAUUAUCUUACCAUCAUCAAAUACUUCUAUUCAAUCGACAACAACAAAUCUGUUUUCCUCAAAUAACUUUGAUAUGUCAACAUCGAAUACGAAUCAUAAUUCAAUAGCUUUAUCAACAUCUAUAAAUAAUACUUCAUUGUCUUCAUCGACAUCGAAUAAAAAUGAUAAUUCAUUCGUUUUUUCUCAAUCGACAGAAAAUGAUCGUACCUUGCAUGCUAUCGAGAUGAUCGUCAAGAAACAUUUUUCUCAAGUAUCGACAACGCGUCCGGCAAUGAAGAAGCGUCUAAUUGAUGGAACAAAUGGUAGAUGUGUAACAGAUCUUGACGAACUAGCAUUGACAGCAAUUAAAAAGAAGAAAACUACUGAAGCUAGACUUACCAAAAAUCAUUCGAAGAAAAUCACCGUUACACAAAAACAAAAUGUACCAUCAACUACAGAUAUUUGUAAUGCUAAUAUAAUCAAUACAAGUAAUUCAACUAAUACAGCACCUAUUGAUACUCAUAAUGUUUCACUGCCACCUAUUUCUUCAAGAGUGGAAGAUUCUAUAUCAUUUUCAAUAUUUACAUUAAGUAUUAUUGGUUUUCUUCUUUUAACAAUUUACACAGGUUAUGGUUCAAUUGCUUAUCCAUUAUUUUUAAUUCGUGGUAAAAGAAGUGCACGAUUACAACAAGUUAUAGAAGAACAACUUGCAGAUAUUCGAAAUCAAAUAAAAACAUUAAAAGCUCAAAAAAUCACCGUUACACCAAAACAAAGUGUACCUUCAACUACAGAUAUUUGUAGUGCCAAUAAAAUUAGUACAAGUGAUUCAACAAAUACAACACCUAUUGGUACUCAUAAUUUUUCACUACCACCUAUUUCCUAUAUGUUACCAUCUAAUACUUCUCCACUGGUUUCAACAUGUCAAUCGAAUUCAGGAUCAUAUGUUCCUUUACAUAAUAAAUCAUCAACAUCUACACAAUGCCAUUUAUGUUAUAAUUCUAUUAAACCAGCAGAAACGACCAGCAACUGCAAUCUAUGUCAUGGAAUUCUUUGCUGGGAAUGUAGUAGCAAGAUGGACAAUAGCUAUCAACUUUGUCAAUUGUGCAGAGCAUAUUUUACAGGUCAACAGCAAAAUUAUUCUGCUUAUUAUCAAUAG